AUAUAUUGAAAUUUAUUGUUUUAUUUUAGACAUGGAGCUGUUCCGUGAGAGUGAAGCGCCCAAGUUCCUUGUGGGAGAUUACACGGUGCAUGGCCAGUUUGACAGCGGCUCCUUCGGGGACAUCUAUUUGGCCACAUCCCUAUACAACGGCGAAGACGUGGCCAUCAAAAUGGAGAGAGCUGAUGCACCACAUAAACAGCUCGCCUACGAAUACCGAGUGUAUAAGGCAAUCCGUCCGGCACUGGGAUUGCCGCAAAUCUAUUAUUUUUGCGAGCGGACUGAAUAUAGAGCCUUAGUCAUGGAGUUGCUGGGUCCAUCACUGGACCAUCUGUUCGAGCUGUGCAGCCGGCAGUUUACAAUGAAGACGGUAUUAAUGCUGGCCGAUGAGAUGGUGCAACGGCUGGAGCAGGUGCACAGCAGGGGCUUUGUCCAUCGGGACGUUAAGCCCCGAAACAUUUUGAUUGGCCGCAAUCUCAGCUGCAAGCGACUGCAUCUGAUCGAUUUUGGUCUGUCGAAGAAGUGCUGGGAUCCCAUUACCAGUACCCAUAUACCCUAUCGCGAGGAUCGCACCCUCACCGGCACGGCACGCUUUACGUCCAUCAAUUCGCAUGAGGGUCUGGAGCAGUCGCGUCGCGAUGAUCUCAUCUCGAUGGGAUAUAUGCUCAUCUAUUUUCUGCGCGGCAAAUUGCCCUGGCAGGGUAUCAGAGCAUCGACGAAGCACCAGAAAUACGAGCGCAUCUACGAGAUGAAGCAGAGCGUUAGCAACGAGGUCCUUUGCCAAGGACUACCCAGCGAAUUUGCCAUGUAUCUAAACUACUGCUACCAGUUGGCCUUUGACGCGGAACCCGAUUAUAAAAUGGUGCGCAAAAUGUUCCGACAGCUCACCAUUAAGCUUCAAUGCAAAAUGAACCAGAUCUAUGACUGGGAGAUGCUCUCGAUCAAUUACCAUCGCAAUCAGGCUAAUCCGGCUAGCGGUAGACGGGCACGAUCAAAAGCCAGAUGCCACAAGGAUAAUGCCAGCAGUGGGUAUCCCAUCAUAUUCAAUGAGAAAUGCAAUCGUUGGGAUUAGCGAACUGCAUUCAAAAAUAUUCACAACUGCCAAUGGAUACAAAAUCGUGGACUCAACUCAACUCGACACUUUAGAAACAAGAAUUUCGAUGCAACAGAAAGCGUACGUCAUAGAUUAAA